UUAGGGGCGAAGGAAGCAAAACAAUAUAAUUGCCAAGUCGGCAAGUCUCACCUUCUUGUCGCUAGAUUCUCCAAUUUCUCUCUCAGAAUUUUGUCGACGUGCCUGGAAAUUCCACCGAACUUUCGUUGAUUUCUACUCUUCAAUUCCCCUGCUAAAAGAUAUCACUCCCCCUUUCGACUUCAAUUCCCUUCAUCCUCACCUUUCACCUGCAAUUUCUAUCUCUUUGGUGAGAGUGAGACGGCAUAAUGGCAGACUUACCUGGGUAUAUGGUGACUUGUGUGCAAAGUGGAAAGCUUGCAUGCCUGGCUAUUCUGGUUUCUGGAGGAAUUGUAUUGCAAAUUUUGGCAUGUGCUCUAUACAAUAACUGGUGGCCGAUGCUUUCAGUUAUAAUGUAUGUCCUCCUUCCUAUGCCUAUGAUGUUCUUUGCUGGAUCUGAUGCCUCUUCACUUUUUACGGAAUCCUCUGAUAACAGUUGGUUAAACGCGACCAAAUUUUUAACGGGAGCAUCAGUGGUUGGCAGUAUUGCAAUACCAACAAUCUUAAAACACGCUGGUAUUAUCGGUUGGGGAGCUCUGAUUAUGGAGCUGUCUUCCUUUUUUGUAUUUAUUUUAUCCAUUAUGUGUUUCAUUAAAAUGGAUGACUAUGAUGAUUAUGCUAGUCUUUAAUAAUAUCACCAUCGGUCUUGCUUCGGACCAGGAAAGGUUGAUAUCUGCUCUUUAUGGGAUGUAUGUUUUUCCCCAUUGUGUAUGUAAUUUUUUGAUGUGUAAUUAGUAAAUGAAUUUGUUUGUUGCAAAUCACAAUCAUCAACUUUCUUACAGUGGAGGAAGACUGGAGAUAUAUUGCAAUCUGUAACUGUUAAUCUUCUGGGAAAAUUGUGAGGUUUACUCUUGAUCAGUUCGUCAUUAAUGCAAAAUACUUGUAUUGUUUGCGGCUCAA